CCGAAAAUGGUGGAAAGAAACCAUAGUUUGGCAAUCAAGCAAUAAUAAUAAGCUUCAUUCAAACAAAUUCCAACUGAUUUUCUUCAAUGUUUCAGUAUGAAAAUCAAGAGUUUUUGACUGCUGAAUUCCCUUUUUUUUCCUUCCAUUUCUCACUUUUAGGUGCUUUUGAAUCAACCCAUAACAAGUAUUUUCAAAUAAAAAAUGCUUUUCAAAGUCAAAAUCGUUUCUUUAUACACAUAAAGAUUAAAAAAAUUUGGUUCUAGUUCUUCUCUAUAUAUACUCUCUAGUCUCUACCAAAAGACAAAGCAAAUUGGAGUUUUAACUUCAGCAGUUCUCUCUUCUUUUGAAACUUUGUGUUUAGAAAGUGAAGAAGAAACAGUAUGAAAAUGCAUCAACAAAACCGUUUGUUCAUCUUUUUCAUAGCAUUUUCUCUGUUUUCUCUCUGUUUUGGCAGUUACCUUGAGGACCCAUUUCCUGUUUCUCAAUAUCAUGAUCAAAUUUAUAGUGAUUAUCCAACACCUGCAUCAUUAUAUACUUCUAGGAACACUGAUUUUCACAGCUCGAUGAUGACAAAGAAGAGACCAGAUAGAGGAAGCUCGUUUUCAGGAUCGACAAAGGUGGUGAAUGUGGAUGAUUUUGGAGCUAAGGGAAAUGGACAAGACGAUACUAAGGCAUUUGAGCUUGCUUGGAAGGAGGCUUGUUCUUCUAGGAAGGCAACUCUUUUGGUUCCUAAAGGAAGAACAUACUAUCUUAAGCCAAUCAUUUUUUCAGGUCCUUGUAGAUCUCCUUUAACACUAAAGAUCAAUGGAAUGAUCAAAGCUUCUACAAGAAUAUCUGAUUAUGAAAACGAUGGUCGUCGACAUUGGCUUAAAUUCCACGAAGUUGAUAACUUUGUUGUAGAAGGCAAUGGUAUCAUCAAUGGGAAUGGCAGAAAAUGGUGGCAAAACUCUUGCAAAGUGAACAAAGGACUUCCUUGCAAGAGAGCACCAACGGCUGUAACUUUUUACCAGUGCAUCAACUUGGUUGUGUCUAACCUGAUGUUCAAAGAUGCACAACAAAUGCAUCUAACUUUUCAGAAAUGCACCAAUGUCAAAGCUUUGAAUCUUAGAGUGGUCGCCCCAGGAAAUAGUCCCAACACGGAUGGAAUUCACAUCACAGAAACUCAAAAUGCUAUAAUAAGAAACUGUGUCAUUGGAACAGGGGAUGACUGUAUUUCAAUUGUAAGUGGAUCAAGAAAUGUUCAAGCAAUGGAUAUCACUUGUGGGCCAGGUCAUGGAAUCAGCAUUGGAAGCUUGGGAGCUGACAACUCAGAAGCUGAAGUUUCAAACAUAAGAGUAAAUAGAGCAUUGAUCUCAGGAACAAGCAAUGGGGUGAGAAUAAAGACUUGGCAGGGAGGCUCUGGAUAUGCUAAAAACAUAAUGUUUCAAAAUGUUGUGAUGAGGAAUGUGAGCAACCCAAUAAUUAUAGACCAGAAUUACUGUGAUAAAAAAGAGUCAUGUCCAGAACAGAAAUCAGCAGUGAAAGUAAGCAAUGUGGUGUACAAGAACAUUCGAGGAACAAGUGCUUCUGGUGAUGCCAUAAAAUUUGAUUGCAGCAAAAGCUUCCCCUGCCAAGGGAUUUCUUUGCUUGGAAUUCGUAUAGUUGGUCAAGGAAAUGAAGAAGCUGUUACAGCUUCUUGUGAAAAUGUUAGGUGGGAAACUAAAUUGAAAGUUUAUCCACAGUGUUAGAAUAUAGCUUUUGAGCCAUGUAAAUGCAUUUCACAACAAAUUUUCACUUUAUGUUAGACCUUCAAUCUUGAAAGUGUCGCUAUUGUAUUCAAGAUCACUAUUAUCUUAACUAUUGAACUAUGUUCAGAUGGAUGAUAAGAACAUAGAUGAUAGUUUACACAUAUAAAAGAAAAAAAAAAGAUAUUUUUCCUUUUCAA